AUGGAGCUCCAUCUACCUUCCUUACCAAUCCUUUUCUCUUUGCUAAUCUUUUUUUUCAUGGUGAUAAAAAUAGUCAUAAAAACCACAAGCUCAUCAUCCAAACUACCCCCGGGGCCAUGGAAACUACCCAUUUUAGGAAACGCACACCAACUUUUAGGCUCAUUAGUCCACCAAAAACUCAGAGACUUAGCCACCAAACAUGGACCAUUGAUGCACCUAAAAAUCGGCCAAGUUCCAACCCUAAUAGUUUCAUCCCCAGAAUAUGCCAAAGAGGUGAUGAGAACCCAUGAUAUGGUCUUCGCAUCAAGACCCAUGGUUCUCUUCUCCCAGAUCAUGUUCUAUGACUGUACAGACCUUGUCUUUGCUCCCUAUGGCGAGUACUGGAGGCAGCUCAGAAAGAUCUUCAUGCAAGAGCUUUUGAGCACUGCAAGAGUCCACGCUUUCAAACCCAUUAGAGAAGAAGAGGUGUCAAGCUUGGUAAAAUGGAUUGCCUCGAAAGUUGGGUCGGAUAUCAAUCUCACUGAGAGGAUCAAUAUUUUGUUGUAUAACAUAGUUUCAAGGGCAGCCUGUAGUAAAACCAGUCUGAACAACCAAGUGAUCGUAUCACUUGUAGCUGAAGGUGUGAAGGUAUCGUUAGGGUUUGAGCUUGCAGAUUUGUUUCCUUCUGUUGAGUUUUUUUCGAGAAUCAGUCGAACUAGGUCUAUGCUCUUGAAGCUGCAACAGAGGUCUGCAAAGAUAUUUGAUGCAAUUAUUAAGGAGCACCAAGAGAAGAAAUCUGCUGAGAGUGGAAAAGAGGAUGAUUUGUUGGAUGUUCUUUUGAAUUUUCAUAAUAAUAGUAAUAAUGGUGACCAUGGAUUUUCCUUGACCAGUGACAAUCUUAAAGCUAUUAUCUGGGAUAUUUUUGCUGCUGGGAUUGACACAUCAUCAACAAUUAUAGAUUGGGUAAUGGCAGAGCUGAUAAAGCAUUCAAAUGUAAUGAGAAAGGUACAAGAUGAGGUUAGAGAAGUUUUUAACAAAAUAGGUUCAACCGAUGAAGAAGGAAUUAAUGAGAUGAAAUACUUAAAAAUAGUUGUGAAAGAGACCAUGAGAUUACAUCCUCCUCUUCCCUUGUUAAUUCCAAGAGAAAGUCAAGAGAAGUGUGAAAUAAAUGGUUAUGUGAUACCUGCAAAAACUAGGACCUUAGUCAAUGUAUGGGCAAUUGGAAGAGACCCUAAUUAUUGGACUGAAGCUGAGUGUUUUAUACCAGAAAGAUUCAUUGAUAGCUCUAUUGAUUCUAAGGGCAAUGAUUUUGAGUAUAUCCCAUUUGGUGCUGGGAGAAGAAUAUGUGCAGGCAUGGCAUUUGGUCUCAUAAAUGUUGAGUAUCCCCUUGCAUUGUUGCUGUACCAUUUUGAUUGGAAACUCCCUAAUGGAAUGAGACAUGAAGAUUUGAACAUGAGUGAAUCUUUUGGUACAACACUCAAAAGAAAAAAGGCUCUAAACUUGAUUCCUACUGUUUAUGAUCAUUAAUUAUAUAUAGGAUAAUAAUGUAUUUGCGUGAUAUAUUAUAAGCAUAUGUUUAUCUUUAUGUAUAAUUUUAUCAUCUAUAUGUUGUAGAUAUUUUUACGGUACUGUUGUUUUUGUUAAUUUUGUUAAAUUAUAAAUAAAGUGUGUUUCUAUGAAUUACUAUUCAAGCGUUGUUUGCUCUGUAAUUUUCAGCUUAGUAAUUUUGGGUUUUUUUUUCUUAGUUUUUUUAAUUUUUUUUAAUUGCGAUGUUCUACUUCUUGAAGAAAGCUGAAAUUCCGUUUUUUAUGAUUACCAACUUAAUUAUUCAAAUUAAAUAAUUAAUUGUUGAACUGUUACAGAAAUGUUUAAACAGAUAUAAAG